AUGCCAUCCCAGCAGGAGGAGGAGACGCGGUUCCAGCAUCCAGCCAGUCGGCAGACGCAGAUUAUAUUUGAAGGUACGGUAGAGCCGUUGCAGCUCUCAUCGACUCAGUUGCGCUCAAACCGCGCACAGUGCCGGGUCAUUCGGUUGUCGACAACGUGGUGUGUUCUAAGUGUGUUCAGUAGCAUUCGUGCGAUGGCGUUCCAAGAGCAGUACUUUAAGCAUAAGGACGGUCAGUACGAACCGGCCCUAGCGAGUGAUCGGCCCAAGAAGCGGAAAUCGACUCCGUUCAGCUAUGAACGGUUCGAGAAGCAAGUGAAGUUCGUGCUGGUUGAAGUCGUACCAAAACUGGUCAAGUUCCUAGCGAUGUGCACGCAGUUUUACGUGGUGAACUUUGUGCGCCUGUUUCUACCCGCCCAGCAGAAGUCCAUCCGGGGCCAGGUGGUUCUGGUGACGGGUGGUGCGAACGGACUCGGGAAGGCUCUCUGUGAACGGUUCGCCAAGGAAGGUUGCUCCGUGGCGGUCGCGGACAUUGAUCUGAUCAGUGCUCAGAAAACGGCCAAGGAACUGCAGCAGCAAGGUGUCAAGGCCAAUGCAUUCAAGGUGGACGUUGCGGACCACAAAUCGGUGGCACAGCUCAGACAGGACAUCGAGCAAUCUCUGGGACCCGUUGACGUGCUGGUCAACAAUGCUGGCCUGUUGGCCAUGCUUUCCCUCUCGGAGGGAACCCCCGAGGACGUGCAGCGGAUAUUGGGCGUCAAUUUGGUGUCCCACUUUUGGACAAUCCGAGAAUUCAAGGCUGGCAUGGUUAAACGUCGUCGUGGUCAUAUUGUCGCUAUCAGCUCAGUGCUAGGUGUCCUACCGUCGGCCCGCACCAUCUGCUACUGCUCCACCAAGUUUGGCGUGCGCGGCCUGAUGGCGGCGCUCAACGAGGAACUCUACAUGGACGGGCUGGAGAAGGACAUCCACACGAGCUGCGUCUUUCCGGCCGGCAUCAUCACCCGGAAGCAGUUUGUGGACUUUAUGACGCACGACCUGGGGCUCCAGAUCCCGUGGCACACUCCCGAGUACGUGGCCAAUGUGAUCGUGGAAGGGGUUUUGGAGAACAAAACCGAGAUCGUCCCCAGCACGGCACCGGUCAGAUUCCUUAUACGGUACUACGACAUGUUGCCCCGAGCGAUGCUCCGUAUAGGUGGAGAAGCACUGUUUGGAAAACUUCCUGCCCUAACCCCUAGAGUUCAGUAGCGACCUCCCAGCUUGGGGAGACAUUUUUGUGCGCCGAAGAUGCACCCUAACCGUUCCUAUAGAAGAAAGCUCAAAGCUAAAUUACAUACAGUUAUAACGUCAUCGGCACGUGCGUUCAGUACAAUAGAGUAGGAAUAGUUAAUAAUACUGUUGGUUGAUUGAACCGUGUGUUUGUCUCUACUUAGAAUAAACUAAACAGUUCAAAGUCCCUUUCCCCUAGUCGGCAUCUAAGUACACAAUUUUGCUGGAGGUAUGUAAAUUGUCCAUUUUAAGUAGCCACAUUGCGUGUUGGUGAAUAGCAUUCUGAGAGUUGAGAGAGAAAACAAUUCAAGCUUCAGGGGAUAGAAUAGAAUUAGUUCAUUAGUAUGUGAUUUAUUUAACGUCGAUGACACACGUUCCGGAGGAGCCAGAUGAAUUAGCUACUUUAAUACCAUGCUCAGCGAUAUCAAACCAGAAUGGUAGUUAAUGGUGUAAUUGGCUACAAUGUGUAUAAUUUGUAGACUUUAAGAUAUAAAAUGUACACGAAAGCUGUAGGGUUUCCAUUGCAGACAGCUUUAAGCAGGGGGUGAAAGUGUGCAAUAAUAGAUUUUAAUAAAAAUUUUAUUGAACGUAA